UUUUGUCGUGGGAAUAACAUCUAUUGUACUGAACGGAGAAGAACUGCCAGAUGGUACUGGCCACACAGAGAGGCGGGGCUUGCUUCUUCUGCACUUUUCGCUCUGCUGAGUUACGAUUUAUCAGGCCAGCCACAACCAAUGUCAAGAGACACUUUUCGACUGGGCGCGUUCAAUCGGGCAUAUUGGACGACUUAUUGAGCCCCUCACGAAACCCACCACCCGUCACUCGCACUGAGAAGAGAGACACUGAGCGAAGACUUAGGGGCAAGAGAAAGGGAGACCGUCACGCAAUUUACGAUGGUUCGAAUUCACGGGGGUUUGCGCCUGCAAAUAAGGAAAGAAAGAGAGAGCCGAAAAACGAUCCUGUGACAAGAAUUCCGGGCAGAGGAGCCCAUUCUCUAUUCCUCGGACCCGAUGAUGUUACACGUUCAUCAGAUAGGCGUCAGAUCCCGAUCCGCAUUCCCCAAGCAGCAUCGCACAGCAUCUUCAGCGGUAGCUCACACCGUCGAGGUUAUGCUUAUAUACCACUCGAAACUAUCCACAAGCGCAUCUUAGGAGAGUUUAAAGACUUGCGAUAUGAAAUCUCACAGGCGUAUGACCCGCAAGGUCCAGCGGGCUCGAAUUCGGAUGGAUUUACUGGACUCGCAACCGUGGAGGAAUUUAACAAAGUGGCGGAUGAUUUUGCUGCCUCUCUCACAAGAAGUUAUGUUGCUGCAGAUCCAAAGAGUCAGCAGAAUCCCAGGAAGAAUCCUACAGGCAGAGACAAAUUAUCCAAGGCUAGUAACGCAGAAGGCAGUGGAGUCAAUAAUUCCGAUGAAGCAUCAUUGUUUAAUGAGUUGCGGCAAGUACUUAUUAUUGACCCAUAUGACUUGCCCGGUCGACUUAAAUAUUUGUUUACAAAGUUUAUUUGUGACGCCAAAGUUUCGCCACAGACAUUAAGACAACAACAAAAAUUCGUGGAUUUACGAUACCCCAUUGAAUGGUUCCCUGCUACUCGAGCGUUGCAACGCAAAGUACAUCUACACGUUGGGCCGACCAAUUCCGGAAAGACCUAUCACGCCCUUCAACGUUUAGAGCAAGCCGAGUCCGGCCUUUACGCCGGCCCUCUUCGACUUCUUGCUCACGAAGUUUAUUCUCGCCUCAACGCAAAAGGGAAACCAUGUUCCUUAAUAACCGGCGAAGAACGGCGGUUUCCAGAAGGCCCGACACCCACCAUGAGUAGCUGCACGGUUGAAAUGGUUCCACUGAACACCGAGGUUGAAGUCGCAGUGAUAGACGAAAUUCAAAUGAUUAGCGAUGGGUAUCGUGGAUGGGCUUGGACGCAGGCCUUUCUUGGCGUCAGAGCUAGAGAAAUCCACAUUUGCGGUGAAUUAAGGACGAUUCCGUUGAUACAGAACCUAUGCAAGUUGAUGGGGGAUGAAUUGACGGUACACCGCUACGAGCGUCUUACCCCCUUGGAGUGCAUGGGGAAGAGUCUCCACGGGAAGCUAGACAAGCUUAAGAAGGGAGAUUGCAUCAUUCUAUUUUCAAGAGUUGCCAUACACGCAAUGAAAAAGGAAGUAGAGAGAGCCACCGGAAAACGAUGUGCCGUUGUAUAUGGUUCUCUUCCUCCAGAAACCAGGGCACAGCAGGCUGCAUUAUUCAAUGACCCGGACAACGAGUACGACUAUCUCGUUGCCAGCGAUGCUGUCGGCAUGGGGCUGAACUUAGCCAUCAGGCGUGUCAUUUUCGAGACGUUAUCUAAAUUCGAUGGGAAAUCCCACCGCAACAUUCCUAUUUCUGAAAUCAAACAGAUUGCUGGACGUGCUGGCAGAUACAAGACUGCGGCAGAGGCUAUUAAAAAGAAAGAUGGCCCUGCUGGCGAGGUCUCUCGACAAGUGGAAAGGAAUGUUGGCCUGGCUACGACACUUGAUGCCGUCGAUCAUUCUCUUCUAAAGUCAGCUAUGGGCACCGACGUGGAGCCCCUCAAAACGGCAGGGAUUUUCCCUCCAUCAACGAUACUUCAAAAAUUCGCAGCUUACUUCCCAAAAGGCACGCCCUUAAGCUACAUAAUGUUGCGGCUGAACGAGUUCGCGACUCUUAACCCCAUGUUUACCCUUUGUGAUUUCAAUGAGCAGCUACUGCUUGCUGAUAUGAUCGAACCGUUCAACCUGACACUCCAGGAUCAGCUAGUUUUUAUAGCAGCUCCUGCAAAUGUUAAACGGAGAGAACAGAGACCGAUUAUAGAGGCACUGGCAGCUAUUAUCGCAAACCGGAGUGCCACAGACCUCCUUGAAAUCCCUGCUCUGAAUCUUGAACUCCUUGACGAAACUCGGACAGAAGGGAAGGAGUACCUUUCCAAGUUAGAGGCACUUCACCAGGGCAUCACACUCUAUCUCUGGCUCAGCUACCGAUUCGCUGGUGUUUUUAGGAGCCAGGCGCUGGCGUUCCACAUCAAAUCUCUGGUGGAAGAAAAGAUUAAUGAGUCUUUAGCCAACGUGCCAUUCGAAGAGAAUCGGAGGCGUAUGCUUCAAGCUCUUAAAUUAAAGGCGCUUCAAAAGCAGGCUGAAAAGGAGGCCUUAAUGGCACCAGCUGUGGAAACGGAAACUCCCACGCCCAUGAGCUAUGAAGAUGAGGAUCGCCAAGAGCCGUUGAUAGACGCGGCAGAUGAAGAGGCGAUUUCUGAAGAAGCAGUUGCCGACGAAGCAGAAGACGAUGAUGAAUAUGUGGAGGAGCCAUCGAAUAUACCCAACGCUGAAAAAACCGGAGGCGACAGCUAGACGAAGGCAAUACGCCUGGCCAAAGAUCAAAGGUCCAGUGUUGGCUUUUAUAUUAGGUGUAUGAUAGUGAGUGUAUAUUACUGUAUCUGUUGGAUUAUAUAGCGGCAUCUCCGGAAAAGGAGCAAAGGACAUAGAAUAUAAGAUAAGGAUGGAUAAAGGCUAUGGGUAGCCAUGUAUUUCUGAAAGCGGACAAACUUCCCAAUUAUUAUUAAUCUACCUUACGCAUUUUCAGCUUCUUCAUAAGAUUCAUUCAAUGAAUAAUGGAAUGUGAGUAUAAUUCAUAAUUUCCAAUGUUACUAUUCAUCACAAAUUUAUCUCACUUCAGUAACCCACCGCUGCAGAUUUCUCUUAUUUAAUAAAUUGCUGUGUGGGAAAAAUGGAUACAAGUGGUGUUCACGUUCCAGUUAGUAGUAUUCACGUUCCUGGGUUGUGUUCUUUGUUUGUGGACACAACUUUACUCAUAACCAGCUGUUACGGCUCUCUUCCACACCUCUACAACUUUACUCUCAUCACCUGUAACAGAUACUUCUUACACGUCUCAUAUAACCUCAGCAACAGCCUUAUUUAUACAAUGUUAUGCUGCCAUCAAUAACAUUAUAUCUACAACACAGGUACUACAGAGCAUUCUGUCAGCACAAACCCUGAGCACCACCCACCCCCCUCAAACUUUUACUCAAUUUCACUUAAAAUGUGGCCAAGGUGCUAA